CGGGACCAUUGAAGUUAAAUAUUGAAUACAUUGUAUUUCAUAUCCCGCCAACAGAGUUGUGCGUCGUCACCGCGGCAACCUGUUAAUUAUUUGUUAUACCUGAGAGAAUGUCAGAGGUAGAAGAGAUAUUUAAAAGACUGUUGGCACACAAAGGAGUAAUUGGGGCAAUUAUUGUCAGCUCAGACGGUAUCGCAAUACGAACAUCAAUGGAUAAUAGUACUACGAAUCAUUAUUGUGCCCUUAUACAACAGUUGAUAGCUAAAUCCCGAUCUGCUGUUCGUGAUUUAGAUCCAUCUAAUGAUCUGACAUUUCUACGUAUACGAAGUACACGAAAUGAAAUUAUGGUGGCACCAGAUCGUGACUAUAGUCUUAUCGUGGUACAAGAGACCGGAUCAGAAUAGUAAACGAUGCCAUUAUUAUUCAAAUACUGUUUUUAUUUCUUGUGUGGUUUGUUUCUAGAUAUUUUUAACAAAGAAAAAAAUACUUAUGCGUAAUAUGUAUAAGAAAUUGACUUUAUGGUUUUUGGUGCUUUUACAAACUGAGUUUUAAAUGUUGUCAAGAAAUUGUUGUUAUAUUCACCUUUCAGAAUUUAAUAUCAAUAAAUUGGCCAACGGCAUUGAAUAACACUGACAACUAAAAUUACAAAAGAGUAUUUUGUUCUUA